UACAGACAACACAUCAAAAUAAAACCAACCUCAACCUCUUCAAAAAUUCUCUUGUUUUUCACUUUCUUUCUUUUUUUUCCUUCUCACACAUCAAAAUAAAUUCCAUCUUUUGUUUUCGAUGGAAAUCAUUUCGAGACAUCACCAACACCAGGAAAAUAAUAAUAAAGAAAACCCAUCUCCGGCCAACUCACCUUCCAGCCACGGCAGCAGCAGCACCACCGGCGCCGUCCCAACACCACCACUAACGCCACGACCCGUUACCAGAUCCGACCCGAAUCCAUACCCGACUACCUUCGUCCAAGCUGACACAACUUCAUUCAAACAAGUAGUCCAAAUGCUAACCGGGUCACCAAACCCGAGUCCAAACCCGACCCACCAACAAGUAGACCCGGUUCAGUCGAAAACUUCCAUCCCGCCGGUCAAAACCGGUCAACAAAAGAAAUUCAAACUUUAUGAACGGAGAAACAGCUUAAAAAACGGACUAAUGAUUAACCCAGGUGGUCAUAGAUUUGGAGGCCACGCGCACUCGCCGCGCGUGGCGGAGUUGCUGUCACCCAGCAUUCUCGAUUUUCCGUCGCUUGUGUUGUCGCCGGUGACGCCGUUAUCAAUCGAAAAUUCGUCGGAGGAAGAAAGAGUGAUUAAGGAAAAAGGGUUUUAUUUGCACCCCUCGCCUAGGCCGGCGACGCCACGUGGCACGCCGGAGCCGCAGUUAUUGCCACUUUUUCCAGUGACAUCUCCCCGGGUAUCCAAUUCGUCGAUUUAGAUAAACUAUUAUUAUUACUAUUAUUAUUGUAAUGUAAUAAUUAAUUACGAUUAUUAAUUAAAGGUUUUAGAGAUCUUUUGCUUUAAUUGUACAAUUUGGAUCUCUAUAUAUCCAAUUAUAAUCGAAAUUAAAAUAAUAUUUACUUAUUUUUUUUAA